UCGAGCCGAUAGACUGUAAAUAAUAGCCCCGAUGGCAGCUACAGUAGCUGUGUUUCUCACUAGUUAGUAGUCUAGUAUCCUGAAUACUCUUGAAUACUCUAGCAAAUCACAUUAUAUCAAUGCUUAAAACAGCAAUGAUCGAACUAUUUUCGGGAUUUGAGUAGAAUAAAGAAAUUAAACCGGCUCAGUCUUGUGAACCCUGGCAUCAUGCAUUCGCUGGCUCAGGAGAUCCAGGGCUUCUCCAAGAACAGUCUGAAGAAACAGUGUACACACGUUACCACGGUGACAGGCAGGAAGCUGCUGGAGAGGAGGAGUGAUGGAGGAGAAGGAGGCGAGCAGGUUGAAGUGCUGGAGGAGGGAAGUGGAUGUGGAUUUGUAGAAGACAAAAGUCUGGACCUUCAAGUUGGCGUCAUUAGACCCUUCCUACUCCUGGCCUCUCAGGAUGCAGCCCAGGACUUUGACACCCUGCAGAGACAUAAGGUGUCUCAUGUGCUGAAUGUGGCCUACGGAGUUAAUAACCUGUUUCCAGAUCAGUUUGUUUAUAAGACUCUCGAGAUCCUGGACCUCCCAGACACCGACAUCACGACAUAUCUUGGGGAAUGCAGUUCCUUUAUUGAUCAAGCACGAGAACAGGACGGUGUGGUGCUGGUUCACUGUAACGCAGGUGUGUCACGUGCAUCCUCCAUUGUGAUUGGCUAUCUGAUGUUGAGGGAGGGACUGAAGUUUGAUGAUGCGUACGGCCAGGUGAAGCUGGCAAGACCGUCGAUUCGCCCCAACCCCGGCUUCUACCGGCAACUACAAAACUACGAACCUUAAAGAUGAAAUUGUUGAUCAUUUGCUAUCACCUUCUAAGUUAUUAAAGCAAACCGUUUCCUAUGUACGGAUUAAACCA